AUGAUCGCCAAACGCAAACGUGGUGAUGAUUCAACAUCUCUUCGCAGUACAUCCAACGAUCGCGGGCAGUUCGCAUCGAAGAAACCAUGCGAAAAAAACUGCAUUCGCUCGAUUUUUCACGAAUUGAACACAUCUGAACUUUUGAAGCAUCUGUUAAGUUCCCGCGUUACGCAUCGAGAAAGCCGCGAAAAAACCAAUGAGGCCGAGAAGACGCCGAAGAAGCAUGAGUCAUCUCAGGAGACUGCGACCGAUACACAUGAAAACUUCAUGACUAAACCCGCUUUUUGCUCGUUAAUUUCUGAUGAUAAACGAUCAGUUGCCGGUGAUUCCGACAUUUCCUAUUUCUCUUUCGCGUCCGGUGGAAGUUACGGUGCGAAUUUGCCCUCUUUUUUGGAGGUUAAACAUGGAAGAAUGGACAAACCGUGCGAUGGGCAAAACAAAAGUGACAAUAUCCACAGCCACCUGUUCCCAAACGAAGUACAAAGCUACAGAAGCGUUUUGCAGAGGAAUUCCAGUGAGGAAAGUGCUCGAUCUGAGGAUUUUUCACGCGCAAGUUCGCCUUUGUCGUCGAAUAUUUUGGCAUCGGACACAUUGGACUUUAUUUUGUAUGGCGCCGAGAAGGAAUUGUGUAUACAAUCGCCUCCUCAGAGCCAAAACGAUCCCGGUGAGUGUGACGUCACUGCAGAAUUCGCCGAGUUGGUGCCUUUCGGGAAUGAACCGACGGAAAUGGAAACUUCAGACUUUUCACCAGUGGCGUCCGGUUCCGGUAUUUCGAGUGAAGUGAACGAAACUGCGAAGGAAAGGUGUACGAAUUAUUCUGAUCAAAAUGACAGUAGUUCCGGUGAUGAAGAUGUCGACAGUGCUAUGGUUUUAGUUCCUACUGAUCCUUUAGAAUGGACCAGCACCCACAUUAAAUCCUGGUUAGAAUGGAGUACUAGGAAAUUCUCUCUUCAACCGAAACCGGACCCAGAAAAUUUUCCCGGAACGGGAUCCGAGAUUUGCGAUUUGAGCAGAACAGAUUUCGAAGUCAAAGCUGGUAGUUCCAGGUCAGGUACAAUUCUUGCCAAAUACAUAGCACACCUCCGGCACAGCGUAACUGGGAGAUCGAGUAGCCCUUUGAACGUGGAAUGUAAAGAAUUUGAUGACGAAAUAGAUGAAGACGAACAAG